CUCUGUAUACUUUAAAUAAACCACUGCAGCCAACAGUGUAGAUCUCAUUUAGACAGGUCUUUGCUUUUAAACUUUCGCAACUUAUUCAAGAUGAUUUGUGGGAAAACAUUUGUGCUGCUUAUGAUAGCAGUAUGCAUUAAUGCACAGCAAAACUUACAACAAUGUGAGGUAACACCAGCUGAGAGGGUUGAAUGUGGAUAUCCUGGAAUUACACCAGAUGUGUGUACCGGAAGAGGAUGUUGCUUCAGUUCUGCCAUUGUUGGAGUAAAAUGGUGCUUCCGCCCAAAAGUGAGCGAAGUUUGUGAGGUGCAACCACAACUCCGUAAAGAAUGUGGCUACCCUGGAAUUACAGUUACCGAAUGUAAUAACAGGGGGUGCUGUUUUGACUCCCGCACCAGUAAUGUGAUUUGGUGUUUCAAACCCGCUGCAGGAGGUUGCUCAGCCAAUUGAAUUUCUUGAAGAUAUCAACAUACUGACAAGAAACACUAUGUAUAGUGAGAUUGUACUGUGUGUGCUUUGAGAAUCAAUAAAACAUUGCUUUGUCAAA